UUCAAGGGUUAAGUGCGUGUGCGUGAACUAUCUGGCGCCACCUAUCGGCUAAUUGGAGACGUGCAGGAUGCGGUCCGGCAGCAGCACUAACGCGCUGAAGCGGAGACGCGGAGAAGCGGACGCGUCGGUCCGCGCGAGGCAGGACGGAGGAGCUCGUUUUUCGUCACGCGUAAAACUGCGCGAAAAAUAAAUCCGUCCUUUUCAACGUGUCGUGCGCGUGAUGGAAAGACAGGGCAAGAAAAAAGCGCCACUUUUACUACUCCGCACAUGUCUGGAAUGAAACCCCACCGCCGGCCUCCUUUCCUAGUCCUUCGCUUCUUGUUCUUUGUUGCGCACGAGCCGUGGUCGUGGAGGAGACGAGUAACGCGCACUGCGGUGUCCGCUAAGUAAGUGAGGUAAAGCAAAGUGUCCCGGGCCGAGAUGCGCUGCUCGGCCGACUGAGAGAUGCUGAGCUCCCGCGUUGAUGCCUCGCUGGGCCAAGUGCAGGAGGAGGAGAAGAAGAAGAAGAAGAAGGAAGAAGGAGAAGCAGAAGCAGAAGCAGAAUGGGAGCCAACAAUUCGAGCAAGAAGCCCGUCUUCGACGAGAAGGAGGACGGUGUGCAUCGUGCAGAAGAGGGACACAGAGAAGAUGUAUGCCAUGAAGUAUAUGAACAAACAGCAAUGCAUAGAAAGAGACGAGGUCCGAAACGUCUUUAGAGAGCUAGAGAUCCUACAGGAAAUUGAACAUGUUUUUUUAGUAAACCUCUGGUAUUCCUUCCAAGAUGAGGAAGAUAUGUUUAUGGUCGUCGAUCUGCUUCUGGGUGGAGACCUGCGAUAUCAUCUGCAGCAAAAUGUGCAGUUCACUGAGGAGGCAGUGAAGCUGUACAUCUGUGAGAUGAGCCUGGCCCUGGACUAUCUGCAGACCCAGAACAUCGUCCAUAGGGAUGUCAAGCCAGACAAUAUCCUUCUGGAUGAAAAAGGUCAUGCUCACCUCACCGACUUCAACGUUGCCACGAUAAUAAAGGACGGGGAAAGAGCCACGGCUUUGGCUGGGACGAAGCCAUACAUGGCACCGGAAAUAUUCCGGUCCUACAUGAAUGGGGGAGGCGGCUACGCUUUUGAGGUGGACUGGUGGUCACUGGGGGUUACGGCCUUCGAGAUCCUCCGGGGAUGGAGACCAUAUGAGAUCCAUUCCGGCAAUUCUGUGGAGUCUCUCAUCCAGUUGUUCAGCACGGUCAGUGUUCAGUACUGCCCGGCCUGGUCCAAGGAUCUUGUGUCCCUCAUGAGGAAGCUGCUGACCGUCAACCCGGAGCACCGGUACUCGAGCAUCUCCCACGUGCGGGCCGCGCCCUGCAUGUCCGACGUCGACUGGGACAGCGCGUGCGAGAAGAAGGUAGAACCGGCCUUCGUCCCUAACAAAGGUCGUCUCCACUGUGACCCCACCUUCGAGCUGGAGGAGAUGAUCCUGGAGUCUCGGCCUCUUCACAAGAAGAAGAAGCGUCUGGCCAAGAACAGGUCGCGAGACAACAGCAAGGAUUCCCAGUCUGAAAGCGACUACCUGCAGGAGUGCCUUGAAGCUGUGCAGCAAGAGUUCACGAUCUUCAACAGGGAGAGGUUGAAAAAGAGCCCGGAGGAGAGCGCUCCGCUCCACGACGAGGGCGAAGGGGAGCUGCGGGCCCGAGGGGGCGAGGAGGAGGCCGACGGCGAGGAGGAGGAGGAGGAGGAGGAGGGCGCCGUCGAGGCCCGAGCGGAAGCGGAGACGUCAACGUUAAACAUGUGUCGCUCCGUCUGCUCGUCGUCCGGCAGCUGCUAGCGGCAGCGCGGCGCCGCCGAGCUCACGAGCGCCUCCCUCCGCCCCCCGCCGCCCCCCGGCGCCCGGCUGCCCUGUCCACGCGGGACCCGUAGCCGACAGCCCGACGUCCGUAGCGCCGAGCGGACGAGCGGAACGACCCGCAAACACGACGUCCCGUCUUGCUGUCCUCUGACCCCCCGACCGCCCCCAACGGGGCCUCGAGAAACACCGAAAGGUGCCUCAUCUCCUCUCCCUUCUUUCGCUCUUAUUUCUAUGCAACAUCAAGCACGGGGAGUCUUUACCUGGGGAGCAAGUUUACCCACGGAGACUAAAGCAUGACACCGUAGCGCAAUAACACUCCUGCUUCGUCAGCGCACCCAUCUGCUUGCGUCACAAAGUGCUCCUAUCUCGCUUUCGCGUGGCGGCUCCCGAGCGUCGAGCCGUUUCACGAUCAUACUUCAGGGCGUGAAAAACAAAAAAAACGUACGUUUGGCUCCAAGACUGCGCCGGAGGGGUCUGCUCUAAAGCAACGACGCAACAUUAUCUCAAGAUACUCAACUGCUCUCAAAGAAGUCGUGCUGUUACUAAACGUAUUGUAACGACCCUACUACGAUAAUGCUAAUUAUUUAUUCGUUUCCAUCCCACGGUUAUGGCUGCCGACUCGCAUACGGUAGGAAGCGUCUCUGUACUCGGUGAUUGAAACCGGCGACGCCGUCGUACAAAUUUCUCUUCACCGCAGCUCCUCGCAAGACAAGGGUUCUUGGCUGGUUGCUUCUUACCAAUCAAGUACGCUGGCUUUUCAGCUCAUGAACAAGAACGCUCUUCAUUUCCCGCUCAUUCUUUAGGUAAACACGUGCAUCUUGUUACGGGUCACCGACGCUCUCGGACACAACAGAGCAGUAAACAGUGUUGGAAAGGAGGAAACGACACUGUCCCACACUUCCUCUACUGUUCCGCUGUGUUUUACCACAGUGUACGGAGUGCGUGGAGACAAUAUUCAUACUGAGUUACAGGGGUUUUUCCAACUGUGCAUAAACAACUUGUAGGCAAAUAUGCAAAAGCUUGUUUUCCCUUUUUCUUUUUUUUUUUCCAUUUGCAAAUCCAUUUUUAACAAAAAUCUUGUGUUUCUUAUUAGGAGGAUAUAAAAGGUAUUUCUUUCUAUCGUUCGGUAUAUCUGCAUUUUUAAAUGCCGUUUUAUAAUAAUAAUGGCAGCAUGAUUUUGAUUUGAGAAGAAUUGUGUUUAUUAAUAGUGGAAAAGUGUCCGGCGUCAGUCUAGUGCCGUCAGGAAAAUGGAUGGAUUUAGAAAAUAUUUCAUUAAACCUUAUCUUCACAACAACAAACUCUUCUAGAAAGAUUCAGCAGCUGCCUGCCAGGAUGUGUUUCACUCCACGACGCACCAAUAAUCCACAGCUCUGAUAUACAGUACAGUGCAUUUUUAUCGCUGUUAAACAAAACCUGUUACGGAAAAGUGUAUUUUACACCUCGUUUAUUCAGUUUUGUUCAUGAAAUAAAGUACCGAAUAACAUGUUUUGAGUCUGUGCCAUUGCUUUGUCAGUGCAUUUUAUUCUCCUAUUCGCUCUUAUUUUGCCAGGUUUGUUUUCAACUUUUUCACCUCAGAGGCAGAAUCAAUGAGUUUCAUUGAAUUUUUCAUCUGUUUAUGGAUAUGAUCCAUGAGUGUAAAUUUCUUGCCUAAAAUUUAAAGACAACGUGGAAGUAGGCCUGGAAAAUGUCCAAUUAUGCUCCAUAAUGCAUGAGAUUUCACAACAUGUUUAUUUUACAUAAUAUUCAGUGUCAUCAGGGUAACGCUGCCUGUUAAAGAAAAAUGAGUCUCCACUAAUUGGAUGAUUAAUGUUUUACAGAGCAGGUACAGUAGAGUCACUGACAUACACAUUUGCUAAUAGAAAUCUAGUUCUGGAAGAAGGAGCAUUUCAAAUAUCAUUUCUCUUCAUCUCAUAAUUGUAUAUUUUGCAUAUUUUCAUCAGUAGCAGUUUUCACUGGAAAUGCUCUCAUAUGUCGAUGUUUUGAAUCCCUGCAGGCUGCUUAUUGUAUUGAAAUGUUCUGCUUCGACAAGGAAAUAAACUUUCCCAUUACUUACCUUCUGUGAGUUAUUUUUACAGACACA